AUGGCAUGUUUCGUUCCCAGUGAUAGUAUUUGCUGGAUGUUUUGGACCGUGCUGCACGACUGCAAGCCCUGCAACACACAUGUGGAUACUCACUCCAAGUUGUCCAUUGCUGACGGUAUGUCGGUAUCUAAUUCUACUAACUACCGCAACAUCACUGGCACUUUGCAGUAUCUUACUUUUACUCGUUCAGAAAUCGCCUAUGCUGUUCAGCAAGUGUGCUUGCGUAUGCAUAUCCCCCGAGACCCUCAUCUUGGUUAUACGAAGAGGAUCCUGCGGUACUUACAGGGCAGCAAGGGCAACAAGGAUCUCAGCCUCCAUCUCUACCAGACUUUGCCGAUUGAUCUUAUAGUUUACUCAGAUGCUAAUUGGGCCGGAUGCCCUGGUACUCGAAAGUCUACCUCCAGUUAUGCUAUCUUCUGUGGGGAUAAUCUCAUCCUCUGGUCCUCCAAGCGCCCGACGACAGUGUUCGGUUCAAGUGCUGAGGCCAAGUAUCGCGUUGUGGCCAAUGUCAUCGCUCAAGCCUUGGCUACGCCAGCUCUUGGGUGA